AUGGUCGAUGCAUUCUGGGUCCGACGAGAAGGGGUUUUCCGGUGCCAAUGGCAGAGGAGGCGGUUGGAGCACUGCUUAUGCUUCUGCGUCAGCCAAUCAAUCCGAGCCAGACCUGCGUGCGUUGAGCAGGCGUGGGACAAGAACGGACAACGUGCACCCGUCGAUAGAGGGAAUGCCCGCAAGAAAAGCGCGCGUGGAGGUGUUGUCGUACAAGGUGCACCGCGAUCGGGUGUUUGGAGGGAAGGGCUUGCAAGAGUGCACUACAUGAGCAGACGACGGGCAGAAUCGGUGGACCGGCGGGAUCCACAGUGUGUAGCAAUGGGCGAUGGAGAGAGGAAAGAAAGGCAGUCGCGCGUAAGCGAUGCGAGCCAAUAUAAAGACAGUUCAACGGCGCCGGCAGUGGCGAACGUCCUUGUUGUUGCUGACGGGAGGAAAAUAAUUUGGCUGCUGAAUAGAGAGUUGGAUGAAGCUGCCGUCGCUGACCUCACUCACUUGCCCAGUCCGAUCCUGGAUGAUCCGUCGAAGGGGCCGCUGGCAAAUCCGAUCAAGUCGCUCUUCGCAACGGGACAGGUCCAAGCUGCGCGAGCGAUGGUCGAAAAAGGGUUUGGCCUUCGCCGUGGAGGGUGGCCCCACGGCGCCUUAAACCUUAAGGCUACAACGCUUGACAGGAAGCGCGGAACUGCCAGACCGAAUGGUGCACUUUGCUUCUUCCCGUCGUCCCCACACAGAUCUCAAAUCUCGAAUCUCGAGGAGGGUUAUUUCUGCAGGCCGCCAGGAAUAAUUGAUGUGGCGCCGAAUGCGUCGAAAGUGGCUGUUUCGGCGGGGGCUCUUACUUGUCGACAAGACUCUAGCGAUCUGCGCGUGGAGGCCGGGUUCGCGGAUCUGGAAAGGAAGAUGGAUGUCGUCUACACCGAUACUCUGGCGUCAGGUCUGCUUCCGCCGCAGGUUUCGAAGCCUGCUCAGAUCGGUGAAGAGGGAUGCGAUCCGCGAGAGGGUAACAAAUAGG